GCAGGAAGAAGCGAGAAGGAGAGAGACGAGGAAAGAUGAGUGAUGAUGGCUGUGAUAUAACUUGUGGAUUGAAAAACUGGUGGUGUUGUAAAAACGAAUGUGAAAACGAUCAUGAAGAAAAACCUCUCCUGGUACAUCAGGACCAACCAAAAAAAUCAAAAGAUAGCUCAAAAAAUAGUCUUCAAAAACUUGUUAGGAAAAAAAAAAAAACAGUUACUGAAUUGGAAGAAGUGAAGAAAGAAUUGAGGAAAAGAGCAUGCAUCUUACUUAAAGUUGAUCCGGAGAAGGAGACUAGAGUUGAUUGUAAUUAUAAAGAAAUUGAAGAGCUGAAGGAAAGGAGAGAACAGUCAGACCCUCAAAAAGCUGACAGAAAGACUCAGUAUAGUACUGUGUUAGACCUAACUACAUUUCAAGAAGUUUAUGAAAAGAUUACAGAUAUUAUGAUUGGAAAGAUGAUGGAGAAAUACAUCAAUCCCUUGCUUAGCUGUUCUGAAGGAGAGGGACAAAGUAAUGUGAACCAGAAAGAACAGUAUAAAAUAUAUGGACUUUUGUUGAGCGCUGUUGGAAAGGAUGAGAGAACCAGAGUGAAACCAAAAGUAAUUUUGGAACUUAGAUUUUCAAUUACAAUUCUUAUUGUAGGCAAUACUGCCAAGUGUUGAAAACUCAGUCUCAGGUUUGGGUUUAGAUCUAAAUGAAGGAGUUAUCAUGAGAAAUGUGACUAGUUCAAUUGAACUAACACACUCAAUGCUAAUACUGCUACCUCCUCUACUCCUCAUACAACCACAACGGCAAUGGGAUGAUGUACAGGACACCAAUA